AUGGCGGAUGGUACAACUCAGUCCUUAGACUAUUCAGAUGCAGAUCUGGAUUUUUUUGCUAGACAGUUACAGAAAUCUGGUAAGUUUCAAGUUAAUACAAUGGCAAGUACACCUCAUACAGUACACUCAAGUCAUACAUUUAAUGUUACACCUACUCCUAUACGGGAACAUAUCAGCAGAACAGGUACACAUCAGGUUCACUUUCCUCCACCUGUUUAUAGCAUUCCUCCACCCAUGCCUAACCCUCAACCAUACUUGUCUUUUGUGACAAAUAGGGACUUGGUACAUGCCCGUAUCCCUGAGUUACCUUCUUUUUCAGGAGAUGGGAAAUACAACUCGUCAAUGUUUGAGAUAUGGCGCUAUGAUGUUAAUUGUGUCAUUGAUGAGGGUAAUUAUCCACCAUUUAUUAUCAGGGAGGCCAUUCGUAAAUCUUUGAAAGGCAGUGCCAGAGGUGUUCUUUUGCAUUUAGGUGAAAAUGCCACUGUUCCUGAGAUCUUGAAUGAGUUAGAUGGCAUUUAUGGUAAUGUUCAUUCAACUGAAAGGUUGAAGGAACAGUUUUAUAAUGAACAGCAGAAGGUGGAUGAGUCUGUUGCUGAUUAUAGUUUGCGUCUGGAGAGGUUGCUUAGCAGGAUACCGUGCAAUCUUGAUAGGAUGUCCAAGGAUGAGAUGCUGCGGGGUAGGUUGUGGUCAGGCCUCCGAGAUAUAGAGCUGAAGAAUGCCUCUCGAUUUCUUUUUCAGAAGGACCUCAACUUCAAUACUCUUCGUAAAGAGUUGAGAGCCAUUGAGGAAGACUUGCGCUUGUCCAGAUUACCAUCUUCUCUUACUCUUCCACCCAAGCAGGCAGCCCCUCAGGCCAAUGUUUCUUUACCUACUACUCCUAAUGAGUCUGUUCCUGCACAACAGUGUUUCACUACUGAAAUAAGGGCCCUUUCUAAGCAGAUGGAAGGCAUGGAGUCCAGGCUGUCUAGUAUGGAGAAGGAACUCAAGGGCUUGAAACAAGAGAGAUCUUCCACUCAGGAUGUCAAAGCAUCUGCUAGUCCUUUAAACUACAGUCGACCUCCAUCGCAGGGCAGAUGA